AUGGUAGACAUAAAACCAACAGAGAUCGACCAAAUUGACAAGGCAUUUGAUAUAGAUGAUUUAAAUAAAGCGGUUAAGGCCAUCGAGACAGGAACCAUGACAGCGGCCGGCCCCAUUCCUCCUAUCCCUCCUGACAUAAAGAUAGGGAUUAUCCCAUUUCAAUCUAAUCCCCAAGUUAAGGAAGUUAAAACCAAAGAAGAAUCUUUAAAUUAUGUUCCUAAAUACGAUUUAGACCCUACCAAUAAUACUCGAGAAGUAUUUUCUCAUUUUAUUUAUAAAGAAGAAGUUAAACCAGCCAGUUACACUUUGCAAGAAAAUGAACAAUUAGUAAAAAUUAAUCCCGACAAUAGUCUAACCGUAAAUAUUCCACAAAAGCAAAUAAUUGAUAUUGUUACUUUUGAACCAACUUUGGAGAUUAAAGAUGAAUCUAGUUACACAGUUUAUUUAUUGCGGCAGCAGUCGAGUAAAUCAGAGUUUAAUUUGGACUUAACUACUUUAGGCACUGCCACUAUUGAAACUUACGAGCAAUUUAAAUUAAAUGUUCUUCGGACUAUCAGCAAGGAUUACCUAAAAAUAACCAAGAACAAGCACGAUCCUUCUUUUGUUAAGAUCGAACUAACCAAUUUGUGUUCUUUUGUCGAAAAAUAUCUCCAAAAUGAGCCACUAGGUAGAGAUAAAAGGCACUUAAUAGAACUGCUGAAAAAUAUAAAAGUUGAGUUAGUAUCACACAAGUCAUUUUUCUGGGAUAGAAUUCAGAAAUACGUAGAGACUCCGGAAUCCAAUAUACCACCGGCUCCUUACUUAACUCCAGAAAUUUCUUAUUGGUUGCAAAGAGUAAGAGAUUUUAUUUCUUUUCGAUAUGCUCCUUAUUUGGCCAAGGAUCCCCUAACCAAUACUUAUCCUAUGUGUCCUAAUAUUAAUCUUUAUCUGAGCGAUGUAGAAGCUAUUGUUGGGGAUUUAGAAAUAUUAUUACGGGAUCUUUAUUACAAGCAUAAAGCUCUGCUUUUUAAAACCCAAAAAAAAGAAAAUAUAAAAGAUGCUACUAUUUUUGACAAUGUAAAUACCGGGGAGGAAGGUUCUGAAAACACCCAAAGAGGAGAGAGUAGGAUGAUUGCCAAAGAUAUCGAAUUAGAUA